AUGAUAGCCAAUCCAUUCUCAUUCCGGACCGGGCCUGUUACUUUCUGGACCACUGUCACCUAUCUGGCCCUCCUUAUUCCCAUCAUCGUCAUCAACGAGGCCACCCCUCCAGCACCGCGUGAGCCCUCCCCAGUUGCUGGCGUCAACCUCACCCAAGCUUGGCUCGACCUCUCCACUAUCACUCGGGCAUACCACCCAUACAAUAGCCGAUACAAUGAGGUUGUCCGGGACUUCCUUCUGGAACGCAUCCGCUCUAUCCUGGCCGAGAAUGGUGUAGCCUGGACAACGGACCGCUCUGGCCAGAGUAGCCAAGAUGCUGCCGUCACAGUGUUCGACGACAUGACAUCGAAUUGCACGUUUCUCAUGGCCACGAGCAUAGUCCCUGAUCCGAACGCCGCCCAGGUGGCUGCUUACUUUGAGGGCACCAAUAUCCUUGUGUACAUCAGGGGUAAAGCCGAUGAUCAGGGAAGCUGGUGGGAUUCCUAUGGCGUUGAUGAAGCUCGGCGCAACCGGAAUGUCCUGACGCUAGUCAACGCACAUUACGACUCUGUCUCUACAGGAUAUGGCGCCACAGAUGAUGGCAUGGGUGUCGUCACUUGCUUACAGCUGGUUCAGUACUUUACUCAUCAUGGCCAUCAGCCUGAGAGGGGCAUCGUGAUCAUGUUCAACAAUGGAGAGGAGGAUUAUCUUUACGGCGCCAGAGCGCUCGGCCAGCAUCCUUUGAUGCCGUACAUCCACACCUUCUUGAAUCUCGAAGGAGCCGGCGCCGGAGGCCGAGCCAAUCUUUUCCGCACCACUGACCGUGAGGUGACCGCCGCCUAUGCGGGGACAUCAGACCCCUUCGGAACCGUCAUCGGCUCCGACGCAUUUGGCCUCGGCUUCAUCAGGAGCGGCACCGACUACUCAGUGCUCCAUGACGUGUACGGCCAGCGGGGACUCGAUCUGGCCUUCUUCAAACCCCGUGCAAGAUAUCAUACCAACCAGGACGAUGCGAAGCACGCGUCCAAAGGCAGCCUUUGGCAUAUGCUUUCGGCCUCCAUACACACUGCAACGCGGCUAUCCAGCGACACCGGGGAAACUUUCAUCGGUCCUAGGCCGGAUAGAGCGCCUGGAAAGGUUCAUAACGGCAGCCCGAGCGAUGGAGUGUGGUUUGACCUCUUCGGCAAGGGGUUUGUGCUAUUUGGUCUGCGGGGUCUGUUCGCUUGGUCGCUCACGGUACUGGUUGCCACCCCCUUGAUACUGGUUCUGGUCACAUAUAUUCUCCACAGAUUGGACCGGUAUUACCUCUUCAGCUCGAGCAUCAAGACAAGCUAUGGGGAACCCGACAAUGAGCCCGUGUCGAUUGGUGGAUGGAAAGGGUUCUUCCGCUUCCCUUUUGCUCUGGUCGUCGCCGGAGCCCUCACUCUUGGAGCAGCUUUCUUGAUGCGGAAGGUGAACCCCUUCAUUAUCUACAGCAGCCGAUAUUCCGUCUUGGCCAUGAUGCUCUCGCUAUUCUACUUCGCCUUCUGGGCCGUCAUGCGAGGUGCCAGCUCUGUAAGGCCAAGCGCACUUCACCGUGGCUACGUCAGUAUUUGGUUGUUCAUCUUGGGAUGGGCUGCUCUCGUUGCUGUCACCGUAGCCGAGGACCGAUUUAGGAUCAGCGCUGGGUAUAUGUUUGUCUUCCUAGAGUCGGCCGUGUUUCUAUCCACUUUUAUUGCACUUUGCGACUUGUUCGCAUUGCCGAAGAAGGUGGCCUGGGCGCAACGAGUCCGAGAGGAUCAAGAGGCAAGGGAAUUCGUUCAGGAUCGCGGUCGCUCGCCAAUGCUUCGCCAGAGAUCUCCAGUGCCUCCGGGUACGAGAGGGUCAAACGCUUCUGCCUCUGUCUCAGCCUCUGCCCAAGGUCCCCACAAUGCCGACCACGGUGACCAGGACGACGACUCGAACACAGAGGCGCCAACAGAACGGACACCGCUCGUGGGCGUGAAUGCUACUAGCGAGCCUCCCCGCACGACGUUCGCCACGAGAUACCGACGCUCCAUAUCGGCCCUGGUGAGUAGUGCUCGCGGAUCCAGCGACGCUGAAGCCGAGCCAUAUGAGCACGAGCAGGCCUGGUCUGGGCGCUUGCUCUCAUGGACGUGGUUCCCGCAGUUUCUGCUGCUCGGCCCCUUCUUCAUUAUUCUGGUUGGGCAGACCUGUCUGAUGCUCGUCGAUGCAAUCCAUCAGACUGGCGCAGAUGGCAGCAGCCUCCUCCUUCCCUACAUUAUUGUUUUCUUAAUGACCGUUCUGCUCUUCCUUCCCGUGACCCCAUUUAUCCAUCGUGUCAGCCAUCACAUACCCGUCAUUCUUUUUGCCGUUUUCGUUGCCACCUUGAUGUACAACCUUGCCGCCUUCCCCUUCUCGGAUGGCAACCGAUACAAGGCCUAUUUCGUGCAACGGCUUGACCUUGACAGCGGCGAGAACCACGUGUGCUACUCAGGCGUCGAAGAAUACCUGCGCCGUAUGCUUGCUGAGAUCCCCUCAGCUUCUGGCCAGGAGCUCUCCUGCAGCGAGUCAAAGAGGCCGGGUCUCGUCAGCUGCUGUUACGACGGCUCGGGAGUGCCGCCCAACCUGGUGGACUCUUCCGGGGAAGCCAGCCACAGCAGCAGCCUUGUGACUAUCAACGCCACGCGCACGGCCGAGAACCGCGCUCGAAUUGAGGUCAGCGCCAACAAUACCAAGGCGUGCUUUUUGGAGUUUGAACGGCCCGUCUCGGCGCUUCACGUCCACGGCAGCUCUGGAUGGGAUGGCAGGUUUGGGCAGUUCCCUGAGAGUGGCGUCAAGACUCUCAGGCUUUGGCAUAGGUCGUGGAAUGAACCCUGGGUGGUGGAUAUUGAGUGGCCAGGUGAUAAGAGUAAUGAUGGUGUUGUUCACGGCUCGGGGGAAAGUGAAGGGCUGAAGUUGCGGGACCCCGGUUCUGUUUUUCACGGGGCUGCCGUAUGCAUGUGGAGCGAUGCUAAUGUUCCUGGUAUGAUACCCGCGCUGGAUGAAGCGCUCAUGUUCUCGCCUACGUGGUCGGCCAUUACAAAGUUUGCGGAGGGAUUGGUGGAGGGGAGGAAGGGCUUCUCGGUAUGA